AUGCUGCGUCAACGUCCCGUGAUUGUGUGCAGUUCCCUACGCGUUAAGAGACUCCUACUGCUCCUGAUGUCAACUGUGGUGAUCGCGCAUGGACGAUUAUAUCACGUUUUCGAAGAGCUCGGCCAAAAAACAUACGGUGAUCUGGUGAUUCCUGAGACUGGUGCUGACGAUGGGAAGAAUUUUCGGGAAGGCAAUUACACUUGGAGUGAAAAUUCGAUACCCUAUCUGCUAUCCAACCUAACUGCCGACGAAAAAUUAAUCCUCCGGGAAGCUAUGGAUUACAUUGAAAGCCGAAGUUGUGUCAAAUUUGUGUCCUGGGAAGCAACUUCUAAAAAUUUUUUGGUUAUCACUAGAAAAGAUAGUGGCUGUUGGGCAGACCUAGGAAUGAUUGGAGGUGCCCAGAUCGUAAACCUGGAUCCUCGUGGAUGUUUCACGGUCGGUUCCAUCCUUCAUCAGUUACUGCACACGCUGGGAUUCACCCAUCCGACCAGCAGACCAGAUCGUGAUCUGUACAUACAAGUGAAUUAUAGCAAUAUUAAUCUGCACGAUCAUCACUACAUGGAAAAAUUUUCGACACCAGCGUUUGAUGAUUUCGGCAUACCAUACGAUUAUGAUAGUAUUAUGCACCGCAGUGGUUACGCAUUUUCGAGUAACGGUAAGGAGACAAUCAUUGCUCUGGAUGGUUCUGAGCUUGGGCAACGUGAUUACAUGAGCGUGAAAGAUAUUAAAAAACUAAACAUGAUGUAUCCUUGUAAUCCGACGUAA